UGUUAUGUAUACCGGUGAUCAAUAUAACCUCAAACUCAAGUGACGUGUCUGUUGUAUUUGAUAUUGUUUUUUUUUUACACAAUUUCUGUAAAAAAAAUUGAGAAAAAUGGAUAUUGUAUAUAGGCUUCCCUUCUUUGUUUUAGAAGUGCCAAAUUUAAAACUAAAAAAACCUUCAUGGUUUAUGAAACCCAGUGCAAUGGUUGUUUUUUCAUUUGUUCUUCUCUCGUAUUUUUUGAUGACAGGAGGGAUUAUUUAUGAUGUUAUUCUUGAACCUCCAAGCGUUGGGUCUACUACUGAUGAACAUGGUCAUAGUCGACCUGUUGCAUUUAUGCCGUACAGGGUUAAUGGUCAAUAUAUCAUGGAAGGUUUAGCGUCUAGUUUUCUUUUUACAUUAGGUGGAUUAGGAUUCAUUGUUUUGGACCAAACGCACAGUCCUUCUACGCCAAAAUUAAAUAGAAUUCUUUUAAUAAGUGUAGGAUUUAUUAGCAUAAUUGUUUCAUUCAUCACAUGUUGGAUUUUCAUGCGAAUGAAACUUCCAGGAUAUUUGCAAUCUUAAUUUCAUCAAUUCAUCCUGAGAAUUUUUACAUUUCGUUUCAAACAGAAAUGUUCUACGCAUCAAGGAAAAUUUUUAUAAUAAGACUAAAGUAUCUUUUGUGAAUACUAUUUUAUUUUUACAAAUAUAAAUAAUUAUUUCACUUUAAAAAAUUUUUUUUUGUUAUCUUUCCAUAAUUAAAGGUUAACGUUUAAUUAAGGAUUUUGAGGGAAAGAAUUAAGGUUAUUAUUCUUCAUUCUGAAUUUUCUUUAUUUAAUAGUCAUUUUACAUUAAUCGACAUAUAUUAAAAAUCAAAUAUUGAUUUUUGUUCGUAUGGUUAUAGUUUUCGACUACAUUGACGAUUUUAGCGCAUUUUUUCCGUUGUUUUUUUUAUAGAUACAUAUAUUUACAUUAAAAAAAAAAAAUUAAUAUUCACUAUUCCUUCAACACAAACGUUUUUUUAGAGUAAAAUUUUUUUUCAGUAGCGGUAAUAAUUUUACUUUUUUUUUUUAGAGUAUAAGAGUACGAUAUCUAUGUGAUAUAUUUUUGACAAUUCGAAUAAUAUAUUUAAUUUAUUUUUCGUUAUAGUUUAUUUGAUGAUAUUUCUAAAAUUUUAUUUAAAAUUCUAUUUUUUUUAACUUUUUUUUUAUCAUUUGUUUUCGAUACUUUCUCCAUUAUUUUUUCUAUUAUCUAAUAUCGAAACAUUUAAAAACAGUAGUUUAUUUCUAAUUAAUAAUUUUUAAACAGUCUUAAACAUUGAACAUUGUAAAUUCUUUUUUUUCUCAUUUCUUAAUUAUAUGAGACCUAUUAUGAUUUCUCUAAUAUAAAAUUACUUACGAGAAAGUUGAGCCAUUUCAAAAUUAAUCUCAGAUUAUAUAAUUAUAAUGAAAUUAAAUAUUUUUUUUUUAACAAAGUAUUUAAAUUGUUUGAAUUUUUUUUUUCUGUAUCUAUUAAAUUAAAUCUCGUAGCUCCUAACUUUCCAUUGUUUAAAUAUAAUAAAUUUAUAUUAUAAAACAAAAAAUUAAUUUUUAGAUUUUUUCUUGUGCCUUUAAGUCAAAUAUUUUUUAAGCUACCGCUUUUUAUAAAUUUAAAGAUUCUUUUUUAAAAAUAAAACAUGAUGAAUAAAAAUUAAUGACAAUAUUUUUUUUUUUUGAAUGAUUAAAAAUCGAAUAUAUAUUGUAUAAAAAAAAUGGAAUAGUGCUUUCUUCGUAUAAUUCAAUUUUACUAUUUGUAUUGAGUUUUACAAAGAAACACAUUUUUUAAAUUCUAUAAACUUAAAAAUAAAAUCUAAACACAUAACUGAGUUUCGCAUUAUAGAAAAAUGAUUAUAAUUUUUUUUUCCUAUAGCGAUUAUUAUUUUUAUAUAUACAAUAACAGAGAGCCAUAUAUGCUACAGUUCUGAAUAUAUUCUGUAUAAUAAAAACAUAAAAACAACAAAUAACAAACCCUGAAUUUCUAACAAAAAUCUAGAAGACAAAAAAUUUUUCUACAAACAUAUUAUUUUACAUACUUUCUAUUUCUUUUUUUUUUUGUUAUAAUGAAAAAAAAAAAAGAAUUUGCCUUUUAUUCUUCUAGAUUUAAAAAAAACAAAACAUUAAUUUACGUACAUACCACUCAACAAUUAGUAUAUCAACUCAAUUUAUCAAAAAAGUAUUUCUCUUUUAUCUUACUAAAGCCUUAAUUAAAAAGAGUUUAAUCACGAUAGCCUUUUAUACUCAAAUAUCAAUAUUUCCAAAAUAUCACACAUUAUAGUCGCGCCUUUGAUCCUUCGGGUAACGUAUUAGAA